CACAAGGUCCACAACCAACCCAAAAAAAAACGUGGCAACUGGCAACUCCGUGUACCACGUCAACCCAAAAUCUCUCUCUCUCUCUCUCCUCGUUCUCCCAAUGGCCCAUACUUUCUCCUAAAACCCCCAACUCCCCCCUAUUUUCCCUCCUUCAUUCAUUCGGUCAUUGUCAUUUUCCCCACUUUCUCUCUCCUCAUUUCCUCAACUACUAACCAUGUCAGAACAACACCACCACAACACCCACAAACGCCCCUCUCAACACCACCAUAACACUCUCUCUAAAAUCCCGAAACAACCACCACCACCACUUUCACCGUCGCACCACCACUUUCUCUCACCGGAAACAUCCGCCAACUAUGACGACGAUGAUGUAGCAGCUGAACAACUCAUUUCUACUCUCCUCGCUUCUCCGCCUAACAAAACUACAUCGUUUCAAGUUAAGUUCGUUUCAUACCCUUAUUUACCACUUCCUCCAUUUGAGUGUUCUUCCUCUUACGUCACCAUUAAUGGCAAUGAAGAAACUUGUGGGUCUUCUUUCUCUGAUACUCAUUGCUCUCUUAUGGCUAGUGUUGAUACUUGUGGGACCCAAACCCACAUUUCUCGUGAUUCUUUCGCUUUUCUUAAGGUUCCAAACGACGCCGUUUUUCUUGGUCAAACUCAACAGGAUGACCACCUGCUUAGGGAUUGGGAUUGGACUGAUCUUUUGGGGGAGGAUGAAUUCAGGAGAGAGAAUUAGGGUCUGUUUGGUUGUUGUACGAGGGGAUUUAUUACUCUUGUUUUGCUAAACAUGGUGGUACUCAGUUUUGUUUCUGGCGUAUCAAACAAGUUUGAAGGUGGUCUCACAUUGUCAUGUCACAUACUAACAUGUGUGAAUUUUGGGGGGCUUUUACUUUUUACACACUGUUAAUACUGGUAGUAACUAGUAACUAGUAACUAGUAAUGUAGUAACUAGUAAUUUCCUGGAAAUUACGGAGGAAUAGAAAUGCAGAUUGUACAAAUUGGAAAUACUUCCUCCGUUUUUUUUAGAUGUUACACUUUCUAUUUUAGGAAAUUUUAAAUUA